AUGCAGAGGAUCAUGAACAUGUUAUCAGGUAGCAACUCAAUACCCGGAAACGACAGCUUCUCGACGAGCCGGGUCCGAGACCAGGGUCAGGAUAAGCCCAAGGAAACUCAUGCCACGGAUAUCGGACAUCGAGACGACGAUGCCAGCGCCUCAUCGUCCGUCAUAGCCCAGCCUGCACGGUCAGACCCCAACCGGCUGUUUCAGGAUCCUCAAUUCCAUCAAUACGUCAAGCAGGAGGCUACGAAGAUGUCACACCGCGACAUGCAACUUCUUCGGGACCAAAUCCAGGUUCAGAAUGCGAGGAUUGUGGAGCUUGAAGCAGCAGCAGAUGGUGGCGGCCAGAGCCCUAGUAAUAUAGAUGCUCGAACCCAUGUGGUCAUGCCGAAAGAGGAGGUGCACAAGAUGAAGGAGCGCCAGCGCGACCUUGAUGCUACGAAGGAGGCGCUGGCAGAUGAGAAAGCUCUUCGCGAAGAGCUCAACACGUCUUACCAGGCAGCGGUUGAUCAGCUUAUGGUUCUCAGAUCCAACAAGGGACUGGGAAACUUUGUAGUCGAGGAUGGGGACAUGGUCAUUCAAUGGAAGAAUCUCCAGUUCGACAUCAGAGACAUCGCCGUACAACACAUCGCCCGGCCAGUCCCAGAUGAGCCUUUGUCUCUCGAUGCCGUGCAGCCUUUCAAGCCUCUUUCGAUGCUAUACAAAAGCUUCCUUCAAAGCAAAGCCUACAGACGCCACAUCGUGCAGGCACUCAUUUGGGAUCACCUAUGUCGGGAUAUCCUGCUUGUUCCAACCAAAAUUUGGGGGCCAGAAAUCUCGGAUCUGGCAGAGUCUCUCUCUCGGACCGUCGCAGGUGAAAGUAACACUGAGCAGUCCGCGACAGACUACCACUCCUGGCGUGCCCAGACUGGACAGAUAAUCCACAAUACCGCAGGCACCGACGAGAAAACACUCGAAUCAGCUGUUCGGAAUAUCGGGCGAGCCCUUAGGCCACUGGUCGGAGAUGGUCAUAGACAGGAACUGAAGGAUUCGCUAAAGGAGGUCGUCACGAAGGCCGCUGAGCUGGCCAGCAUCUUCAGUAAGUCCCGGUCCCACUACAUCUGCCGUGAUAUCAUGGAGAAUUUCGCAGCCGUCGCCUACGAUGACGACCUGAUGCAAGAUGUCAGACAGGCAAACCGCCCUGCACCUGUUCGUCUGAUGCUGUCACCGGCUCUUGUCAAGUACGGAAACUCGAAGGGCAAGAACUACGACAAGUCCAUCGUCCUCGCAAAGGCUGUUGUGUUCUGCUGCCGACCUCCCAAGUAG